GGCCAACUAAUGCUAGUGUCAGUGUCGAGACAAACACAACAGCAGGUCGCGACGUCCCAGUCAACUCCAGGAGUAACCGGGGUCUGCGAACAGAAUCCGGCAAGAGCGGCGUUCACGAGUCAUUACUAAAUCGUCCCUAAGUUUGCUUUUGUUUUCUACUCCAAAACGCGACAAGUGGCACUUUGGGACACAGGGGAAAGGAUUUGUGGAGAGUAUUAAAGCGACUGAGGCUUUCAGUUUCCCAAGUCGAUCUCCUCUGCUCACCUUAACAUGGCUUCAACGACCUGCACCAGGUUUACCGAUGAGUACCAGCUGUACGAGGAGCUGGGGAAGGGUGCUUUCUCUGUGGUGAGACGGUGCAUGAAGAUUUCCACAGGACAGGAAUAUGCUGCCAAAAUAAUCAAUACCAAGAAGUUGUCUGCCAGGGAUCACCAGAAGUUGGAGCGAGAGGCCAGGAUCUGCCGCCUGCUCAAGCAUCCCAACAUCGUGCGGCUCCAUGACAGCAUAUCAGAGGAAGGAUUCCACUAUCUGGUCUUUGACUUAGUUACCGGUGGUGAGUUGUUCGAGGACAUUGUUGCCAGGGAGUACUACAGCGAAGCCGAUGCCAGUCAUUGCAUUCAGCAGAUCCUAGAGGCUGUGCUCCACUGCCACCAGAUGGGCGUGGUCCACCGCGACCUCAAACCGGAGAAUUUGCUCUUAGCCAGCAAAUUGAAGGGGGCAGCAGUUAAACUGGCAGAUUUUGGCCUGGCCAUUGAAGUGCAGGGAGACCAGCAGGCAUGGUUUGGUUUUGCUGGGACCCCAGGGUACCUGUCCCCAGAGGUACUGAGAAAAGAUCCCUACGGCAAGCCGGUGGACAUGUGGGCCUGUGGUGUCAUCCUCUACAUCCUCCUGGUGGGAUAUCCUCCAUUCUGGGAUGAGGACCAGCACAGACUCUACCAGCAGAUUAAAGCUGGUGCUUAUGAUUUCCCUUCGCCUGAGUGGGACACAGUGACUCCAGAGGCCAAAGACCUGAUCAACAAGAUGCUGACCAUUAAUCCAGCCAAGAGAGUGACCGCCACAGAUGCACUCAAACACCCCUGGAUCUGUCAACGCUCCACUGUGGCGUCCAUGAUGCACAGACAGGAGACUGUGGAGUGCCUGAAGAAAUUCAACGCUAGAAGGAAACUCAAGGGCGCUAUCCUGACUACUAUGCUCGCGACUCGCAACUUCUCAGCAGCCAAGAGCCUGCUGAACAAAAAACCAGAUGGUGUCAAAAUCAACAACAAGGCUAAUGUGGUCACCAGCCCCAAAGAGCCUGUCCCCACUCCUUCUCUGGAGCCUCAAACCACUGUUAUCCACAACCCAGCUGAUGGAAACAAGGAGUCCAGCGAGAGUGCCAACACUACCAUCGAGGACGAGGAUGUGAGAGCUUACCUACUUAGCAUGAAAGCUCGUAAGCAGGAGAUCAUUAAAGUCACUGAGCAGCUGAUUGAAGCCAUCAACAAUGGCGACUUUGAGGCCUACACGAAGAUAUGUGAUCCUGGCCUCACGUCUUUUGAGCCUGAGGCUUUGGGCAACUUGGUGGAGGGCACCGACUUCCACCGCUUCUACUUUGAAAAUGCUCUGUCUAAGGGGAAGCAGCCCAUCCACACCAUCCUGCUCAACCCCCACGUCCACCUGAUCGGGGACGAGGCCGCCUGCAUCGCCUACAUCCGCCUUACCCAGUACAUCGACAGCAACGGCAUGCCUCGCACCAUGCAGUCGGAGGAGACCCGCAUCUGGCACCGCCGCGACAGCAAGUGGCAGAACAUCCACUUCCACCGCUCCGGCUCACCCACCGUGCCUACCAAUUGAGAGGCCGAUUUUUGACUACAAACACCCUCCAGCCUACAGCAGUCAGCUGAACAGACCCGCCUACCAAGUGUCCAUCAGAUCCCUCAGCCAAUCCCUGCCCGUGAUAACUAGAGCUCCGCCCUCUCAGUGUGUUGUUUACAUAUUGUCGCUGCUGGACUGAAGAUUAUUGUACAUGUUGGGAAAAAAACUAAACGAGGGAGAAAACUUCAAUUCUUGACAAUAUCAUUUUGUAGUGCGAGUGUGUGGUGUUGAUUACGGGAUAUGACCAUCUGCAGCAUGUUUUAUUACGUGGAGGUUUUUUAGAUCGCUAUGUUUUAAAUAGAAGUGGUUUUCAGAGGAGCCACUUGUUCCAUUUGAUUCAUUUUUAAUGGGUUGGUGAAAUAUGUGAACCUUCCAGUUAUCAUGUAGUGAUAGUUUUUCAUUUGAAUAUUGCACAUAUUGAGGACUCAUGAGCUGUUGUGAUUUUUUUCGUCUUUUGGCACGAUGACCAAUAUAUCACAUAUCUGCUUUUUACUCAUGUAUCUUUUCAGAAUUGCCAUCUGUUAAAGUUCAGGCACAAGCUUGCUUUGUUUUGGUGAUGUAUAGGUUUUGGUAAUUGAUGUUAAUUGCGCUCUCCUAACUUAAUCUAUCAGUAUCCAUAUGAACUGAAUUGGCUAAUUUUACAAAUCUGUUUUGCCAUUGCCACUAAGUUGUAUGAAUGUUUACUAGGAAUUUUAACUUCAUGUUUAAAAGGAAAAAGUUGAAACAUGUUUUAAUUUGUCUGUUUGGACCUCCAUCAUCACUUGAGAAGAGUCUCUUAUGAUAGAAUGUAUCUCUGAACUAUAGAGAUACAUAUAAUAAUUCAUGUCAUUCUUUAAGGCCGUUCUGUAACGCUUUCAAGUCAAUUCAUAUUUUCAUACAUUCAGGAGCUAAUUAUGUGAAUUUUAUCAGUUGUUCCAUUUUGUUUUGUUGACUUUUAACAUUGUGAUAUUUGUCCUUCCACUCAUUAUUAUUAUUGCUUUCGUUUAAGCCCUUUUAACCUUGAGUCUCGGUGAUUCCCUCCUUUAUCCUCUGUUCGGCUGGUGGACACCAAUUUUUACAGCACCGUAUUUUCCACUGAACAAGACUAAACAAGUAAAAUCAUGAUGUUGACGCUGACAGGAAUGCCAAAUCCAGCUGAAACGUUUGCUUCUGGAAGUAAGGUUCUCAUUUAUUUUUGCCAUGGGGAAUUGGAUUAUUAGCCAGAAUUACUAAGCAGAAGUCAGGUUACUCUUUUAAGUUUUUUUUUAGUGUCUCUGUUAAAUGAAAGGGAAAGGGGAUUAUUGGCAUCACUUGCAGGUUCAUAUUUGAAAACACUUCGGAUUAGGAUGUUGUGAAAUGUCUGUGGAUAAAAAUGAAUGGGAAAUUUAAUUCCAGAAUCAAAGCACAAGGGAGAGGAAGCAGUCGCGUUCAAAGACGAAGCCACAGGGUGACACACUGACGAUUACAUUUGUGUUUGUGAGAUUUUUUUGUUCAAAACACUGUUUGCAUUCUUAAAUCACAUUUGCCCCUCACACACCACACUUUGUUUUUAUCUUUCUAAGAUGCGUUGAAAUUCCCGAUGAGACACAUCACAUAAAUAGCGUUGCCAUGAUGGGCAAAAGCCUGAUGUAUGUUUUAAGAAAUAUCAAAUAAAAUGUGUGAUUUAUGCCAAAUGA